AUGUUUGCGUCGAUUGUCGACAAGGUGCAGACGUCGACGAACUCGUUGGCGUCGACGAUGUCGCAAGCGUCGUCCGAUGAGAUCGCGCCGUAUUUGGGCAAAAUCGGGCGGCGAUUGUCGAUGCCGCUCGGCAAUGUGCGCCAGAGUUCGCAGCGUCGCCUAUCGCAAAUGGUGUCGGCGAUUGGCGAAGUCAUCGAUCAGGAGAUUCUCAUGAGCAAUAAUCAAGGCGAGAAAACGGCGGCGCCGAUUUUCGGCUCAUCGCUACUCAAUCGCGAAUGGGAGCUCGUCACCGUGUCGGAGAUGUGUCGGCGAUUGUCGCUCGAUCAGGAGCCGGAGAUGCCGAUACCGGACGGCGCCGAGACGUCGCAAAUUCUCGACGAGAUUAUGAUUCGACAGGUCAUGGACAUUCUGCCGCCGCGCGCUGAAGGCUAUCCGUGGGUGCAGAUUUACAGUUCGGAGAAGCACGGAUUCUCGUUGGCGACACUCUACAGAAAAAUGGCCAAAUUCGACGAAGACCUCUCGCCGGUGCUUCUCAUCAUUCGCGACACGAAGGACCACGUGUUCGGCGCCGUCGUCUCGUCGGCGAUUCGCCCGUCGGACCACUACACCGGCACCGGCGACAGUUGCCUGUUGUGGCGUUUCACCGGCGAGUUGCCGAAUUGCCGCGAGUUGCGCCAUUACGCGUGGACCGGCGAGAAUCAGUUUUUCGUCAACGCCGCCAAAGACGCGUUGUCGAUCGGCGCCGGCUCGGGACGAUACGGCGUCUGGCUCGAUGCCGAUUUGAACCACGGCCGCUCGCAGCGUUGCGAGACCUUCGAGAACGAGCCGCUGUGCGGCGACAACGAGGACUUUGUGAUUCAGUUCAUGGAGGCUUACGGCUUCCGAAUGUAA